UCGUUCCAGCUUUCCACCGAAAAUGGACACUUCCCAGAUGAACAGCAGUCCGAGCUCCUCGGACCAGGCGCAGGAACAGACUUACAUACAGGCGCCCAACUUCCUGCAGUCCCAAAACUACAACACGCCUCCUAGUCAGAUGUACUGCAGGACGUCGCCUAACGCCUCUGGAUACGUAUCCGUCACGCAGUUGCACAAGAAGGGCUCGCUGAGGAACGGCGAUGUACUUAAGAGGUCCAGGGUGCAGACGACAUACGAACUCUCCCAAGACAUCCUCGACAAGCAAAUCGAGGUUCUCGAGCGCAAAUACGGCGGCGACCGAGCCCGCAGCGCCGCCCUCACCAUCCAGCGCGCCUUCCGACGCUACACCCUCCUCAAGAAGUUCGCCGCCAUCACGGCGAUGGCCAAGGCCGAGAAGCGGAUCAGCCGCCGGCUGCCCGCCGCCGCGGACGAGGGCAGGCCGAGCGCGGAGCAGCCGAACGGCGAGUACGCGCACGCGCUGCGGACGCUGCCCGGGAGGUCGAUGUCGCUGCGCGAGCGCAGAAGCGACGAGAGCCUGCCCAUGCCGCGGAGCCGGUCUGGAACGCCCGCGGCCUGCUGGGAGAACUGCUCGGCGUCGCUGCAGCACUAUUAUUCGACGGCGGAUCGUAGGGCGGAUGCGGGUGGGUCGCCGAGCGGCAGCUCAUACGUCAACUCGGCGGCUUACGUGAACGGCUACUCCGACAGGUACUCGCGCUCGCGUAACAGCCUCAGCAGAGGCAAAGUCCCUCCCGAGGUCCCCAAGCGAACGUCCAGCAUCUCCUCCAGGUCCCUGGAGCCCAGGCAGAAAGCCAACGGGCUCAUGAAGACCACCGACAACGGCUCCCUGAGCAGCGUCCAGAGCUCAGGCAGCGACAGCAGCAUCUCCGCGGACAGAAUUCAGUGCGAGUACGCAAGCUCACCGGUGUGGAAGCGGAAAGGCAGCCACGGCGAGUACGCUGAGCCCGCGCUGGAGACUAGUCUUGGCAACAUCUCCAACGCCAGCUCUUCCACUUAUACCUUGGUGGAGAGGACUCCUGAGCAGCAACAAAAUCCUUCGAGCUACAAGAUCUCUGAGACCAUAAGGAAAAGGCAGUACCGUGUGGGGCUUAACCUGUUCAACAAGAAGCCGGAGAAGGGGAUAACUUACCUGAUCCGCAGGGGGUUCCUGGAAAAUUCGCCGCAGGGGGUGGCGAGGUUUUUGAUCUCGAGGAAGGGGUUGAGCAAGCAGAUGAUUGGGGAGUAUCUGGGGAACUUGCAGAGUCCGUUCUGCAUGGCGGUGCUGGAGUGCUUCGCUGCUGAGUUGGACUUGUCCGGGAUGCAGGUCGACGUGGCGCUGCGGAAGUUCCAGCAGCACUUCCGGAUGCCCGGCGAGGCGCAGAAGAUCGAGCGGCUGAUGGAGGUGUUCUCGCAGAGGCAUUGCCAGUGCAACGUCGACAUCGUGGCCAGGCUGAGAUCCCCGGACACGAUCUUUGUCCUCGCGUUCGCGAUCAUCAUGCUCAACACGGACCUGCACACGCCGAACAUCAAGCCGGAGCGGCGCAUGCGCAUCGAGGACUUCAUCAAGAACCUGCGCGGCAUCGACGACUGCGGCGACAUCGACACCGACAUGCUCGUCGGCAUCUACGAGCGGGUCAAGGCCAACGAGUUCAAGCCGGGCUCGGAUCACGUGACGCAGGUGAUGAAAGUCCAAGCGACUAUCGUCGGCAAGAAGCCCAACAUGGCGCUGCCGCACCGCCGGCUCGUCUGCUACUGCCGCCUCUACGAGAUCCCCGACGUGCACAAGAAGGAACGGCCGGGCGUGCACCAGCGCGAGGUGUUCCUCUUCAACGACCUGCUGGUCGUCACGAAGAUCCUCAGCAAGAAGAAGGCCUCGGUGACGUACACGUUCAGGAAUAGCUUCCCUCUCAGCGGAAUGGUGGUCACCCUGUUCGACGUACCUUAUUAUCCAUUUGGUAUACGGCUCAGUCAACGUGUGGAUCAGAAAGUUUUGGUCACAUUCAAUGCGAGAAAUGAACAUGACAGAUGUAAAUUCGCCGAGGACCUGAAAGAAGCCAUCAGUGAAAUGGACGAAAUGGAGAACCUGAGAAUAGAGGCAGAGUUAGAUAGGCAAAAAUCGAAUAGGGGAACGAGAACAGGGACGGAGAAUCGUGAUAGCGGGGUGGCCGACGUGGAAGUGUGCCCUUACCAGUGCCCCUGCUCGCAGAACCAAGCGAUGGGCGCCAACCAGGAAGAAGCGACGCACGAUCCCCAGAUCAAGCGAUCGGCGCUCAGCAACUCGCUCCUCGACAUCCACGAACAGUUUGCAGGAGCGGCGUCGCAGCAGCGCCGCGGCAGCGUAGGCUCGCUCGACAGCGGCAUGUCCGUCUCCUUCCAGUCGACGUCGGCUAGCAGCUGCUCCAGGUCGGACAAGGCGGCCGGCAAAGCGGGCAAGGGUGCGCCGCAGGGCUUCCUAGGCGGGUUGUUCAAGAAGGGACAGCAGAGCGGCGCUGCCAAGUCGACGGAGGUGUGA